AGAAGGUCUGAAUAAGGGAAGUGUGUCGCAGAGUGUUUCAUCUCUACAUUCUGCUGCGCUGCGUCGAUGUCAACCAGGGUUUUUAUCAGCUAAUCACGAGAAAACAACACUUCAUUGUAUUUUUAACCACACAUACAACGUCACAGAAUGGCCACUGAUUCAGGCUACGGUGGCUCACAAAGCUAUGGGUCAUAUGGCGGCCAGCAGAGUGGACAGGGUUAUGGACAAGGAAAUGGCAGUGGCUCUUAUGGGGGACAGGGUUACGCCGGCUAUGGACAGCAAGGCGCAGCAUCACAAGACGGUGAAACGAUCAACAAUGUGAAAAGCUCUGAUGCAGAUCAGGACUUCUACAGUAACAAAGAUGGUUAUAGCCAGUCUCAGCCACAGAGCACUGAUAGUUACGGACAAGCGCCAACUGGGUAUGGCGACAAGACAACAACAUCGUCGUCGUCGUCUUAUGGGCAGCAAGGUUCCUAUGGUAGCCAGGGUCAAGGAGGAAACAGCUAUGGUCAGCAAAGCUCCUAUGGUAGCCAGGGGCAAGGCGGUGGUGGUAGUGGCGGCGACAGCAGUCGUGGCGGCGGUGGCACUGGUGGUGGCGGCGGCAGCAGCUAUGGAAGAUGGAGUGACGGUGAAAGCGGUGGUCAGGGUGGGAGGUUUGGACGUGACCAAGGAGACCGUUCCGAAGGCGGAGGUGGCUUCAGAGGCCGAGGCCGUGGUGGUGGCGAGGGCGGUGGCUAUGACCGUGGCGGUUUUGACCGCAGUGCUGGAUAUGACCGCAGUGCUGGAUACGACCGUGGCGGAAGGGGUGGAGAUCCUGGUAUGGGAGGUGGUGACCGUGGUGGCUACAAAAAUUACGGUGGCUCUCGAGACUUCGACUCAAGGGAUGAACCAGCUGGUGAGCAGGACAACUCUGACAACAACACCAUUUUUGUUCAGGGACUGGCAGAAGAAGCCACAGUUCAGGAAAUCGGUGACUACUUCAAGCAAAUUGGCAUCAUCAAGGUAAACAAGAAGACUGCCCAGCUAAUGAUCAACAUCUACACUGACAAGGCCACCGGUCAGCCAAAGGGAGAGUGUACAGUGUCAUUUGAUGACCCGCCCUCUGCCAAAGCUGCUAUUGACUGGUUUGAUGGCAAGGAGUUCAACGGCAAACCCAUCAAAGUAUCAUUUGCCACCCGCAGAGCUGAGUUCACACAGAGAGGAGGAGGAGCAGGAGGAGCAGGGGGAGGAGGAGGUGGUGGAAGAGGGGGACGAGGAGGAGGUUUCAGAGGUCGUGGCGGAGGAGGAGGCGGAGGAGGACCCAACUUUGACAUUAAAGGAGGAGACUGGCCCUGUCCCAACAGCUCUUGUGGCAAUAUGAAUUUUGCACGGCGGCACGAGUGUAACAAGUGUGGCGCUCCGAAACCAGGAGAUGGAGGAUUCGGAGGUGGAGACCGUGGAGGCAGAGGUGGUUAUGGCGGUGGCUUCAGAGGUCGUGGUGGAGGUUUCCGUGGUGGAGACCGUGGAGGAGAUCGCGGGGGAGACCGUGGAGGCUACGGCGGAGGUGGCGGAUUCGGAGGGGGUUACAAAAUGGGAGGAAGAGGUGACCGUAGAGACGACAGAAGAGAGCGGCCAUACUAAGUGUUGAGCAGACGGAAACCAUCUCAGCCCACGAGUUCGCCAUGGAGGGGAGGGUUUAGUUUGGGAAAACUGAGGACCGGGAUCAGACGUUCUGAUUUGUGCACCUUUUUUUGUAGCCAGUGCAUCCCAACUAUUACUGCUCGUCUGAGCGAGGGACGGGUGUGUUGAGCUACUGUAAAGGGACUCUGGGGCUGAUUGGCAUGCUGUCAAAUGUUUUGGUUUUUUUUUUCUCUGCUUUUUUGUUUUUGUUUUAUUUCUUUGUACAUCUUUUUAAUUUCCUCUCAGAUUCUAGUUGCAGAUGUUUUUGUGAGGUAGACUUCGUAUCAUUGUUUUGUAUGAACGGAUUAAGUGUUUUACUUGGGUUCUUUUUUUUCAAAAUAUUAAAAAACUGUGAUCUUUU